GCUACUUCACUAAUGAAAGUAGGCUACUUCUUGCAUUCACAUCGAAGGGUUGGGAGAAGGGAGCUUCAAUACAUAAGAUGUGGAGUUUUGCUCUCACCCUGAUAGGUUACUUACUGAAACUAUCAGGCACAAGUGGUACACAAAUCAGGGUGGUCAACGGGGACAAUAGCUGCUCUGGAAGAGUUGAGGUCUACCAUAGUGGUCAGUGGGGAACAGUUUGUGAUGAUGCCUGGGACCUGAAAGAUGCUGAGGUGGUGUGCAAACAGCUCCGGUGUGGAAAAGCGGUCUCUGCCCCUGAUAAAGCCUACUUUGGUCAGGGAAGUGGGAAGAUCUGGCUGGAUAAUGUUGGGUGCUCUGGCACAGAGAGCUCUAUAACAACAUGUUCACACAGGGGGCUUGGAGUACACGAUUGCUCCGCCAGUGAAGAUGCAGGUGUGGUGUGUGCAGUUGGUUCCAACAUUAGGCUUGCCAAUAGCAGUGGCUACUGCUCUGGAAGAGUGGAAGUCUACUAUAGUGGUCAAUGGGGAACAGUUUGUGAUGAUUCCUGGAGCAUAAAUGAUGCUCAAGUUGUGUGCAGGCAGCUGGGGUGUGGGAAAGCGGUCUCUGCCCCUGGGAGUGCCUACUUUGGUAAAGGGAGUGGGACGAUCUGGCUAGAUGAAGUUGGGUGCUCUGGUACAGAGAGCUCUAUAACAACGUGUUCACACAGGGGGCUUGGAGUACACGAUUGCUCUGCCGUUGAAGAUGCAGGUGUGGUGUGUGCAGGAAUGAUGAAGACACCCACACUUACCCUUCAUACCACAAACACAGCUGUUUUACCUGGAGAAUCAGCAGAGUUCAGAUGUACCAUAACGUCCCACAGACCGAUGUCUGCAAACUUCCGGCUGUAUAGAAAUGAAAUAUCUACACAGACAGCAGAGACAGCAGACCAAAAGACAGUAACUUUUAGUCUUCCUAGUUUGUCAUCCUCACACCAAGGCAGCUACACGUGUGAUUACUAUUACCAGAGUGCACUCACGGCCAGCUCCAAGAGCAAUUCCAUCACGAUUACAGUUGUUUCACUUUCUAGUCCAAACAUUAUUGCCUCUUCAAGUGACAUCACCUGGGGUCAAGCAGUACAGAUGACUUGCUCUAUCUCUACACAACAUUUGGGUGGAAUGUUCACUCUGCACAAAGUCUCAGGAUCAUUGAUAGAAACAAAGAGAACCAGUGGCAUGUCUGUCACCUUCACCAUUCCUCAAGCUGACUUCUCUCAUGAAGGCUCAUACUUCUGCUACUAUCAGACAACAGUAUCUAGCCGAACAUUUACUUCCCCACAAAGCAACACCGUUAGCAUUUCUGUACUAGUUUCUCUUCCCAGUCCACACAUCUCUUCCUUUUCAAGAGACAUCAAUUGGGGUCAAGAGGUACAGAUGACUUGCUCCAUCUCCACACAACACUUGGGGGGAGUGUUCUCUCUGAGCAAAGUCUCAGGAUCAUUGAUACAAACAAAGAGAACCAGUGGCAUAUCUGCCACCUUCACCAUUCCUCAAGCAGACCUCUCUCAUGAAGGCUCAUACCGCUGCCAGUAUCAGACAACAGUAUCAAACCGCAAAUUUACUUCCCCUCAAAGCAACACUGUUAGCAUUUCUGUAGCAGUGAACCUGCAUCAACCUCGGAUCAACUGCACUGCUCCAGAUGGAGGGCUCUCCUGGGGUCCUCAGGGUCCAGAGAUCACUAAGGGCCAUAACUUCUCCAUCACCUGCUCCACCCAACCACAGUACCCUGGUGGAGUUUUCCAUCUGAGUUUCUCUGGAUCCAACCACACCAUGUCUCAGCCUGCCAUCAACCACUCCGCUUCCUUCUAUUUUCCAGCUGCAGAUUACUCCCACCAGGGUAACUACAGCUGUGUGUAUCAGGUGGACCUAUCGUCUCGUCAGUUCUACUCCACAGAGACAGACAAGUUAACUGUCACCAUCAGAGAGUUUAUGGUCCCAUUCAUUGCUGCUGGAGUGACAGGUGGUGUAGUUUUGCUGCUGAUGCUUGGCUUGGUGUUUAUCUUUUUGGCUAAGAAGAGACAGAGCAAAACAGGGGAAACAUCUUGGAAGUACUCUAAAGGAAAGACAAAAAUGAACACCUAUGGAAACAGUACAUCAGAGCAGAAUGAAGACCAGAAAGGUGAAGCAGAUGAAGAGAUUUACCUAGAUCCAAAUGAAGAAGACCAGGAUGACUAUGAAAAUGUAGAAGAAGAAGACCAGGAUGACUAUGAAAAUGUGGAAAUGGAAGACCAGGAUGACUAUGAAAAUGUGGAAUUGGAAGACCAAGAUGUCGAUGACAAAGGAGAAGUGGAAGACCAGGAUGACUAUGAAAAUGCAGAGGACUUCAUGGAUGCGAGGGAACUUAAUACAGGAUGUCAGGAUGAGGACAUUUAUGCUAACUGUUAACAUUAGUGCUUACAGGUGUCCUCCUAGUAACAUAACAACGAUUAGCUUCUUAAAAACACACAAAGUAGUUGCACCUGGAAACUGGGAAAAGGAAGAAAAACAGGAAUGAACAGUCAAAAUGUCAGUUAAAUAAAUGUAAUGAAAUCAUCGUCCUAUGAAAUGUUUUAAGGUAUUCUAUUUUUCUAAUAUUAUAUUUUAGUAAGAUUUCUUAUUUUGAAGACACGCCCCACAUAUUUAUUUGUAAUCAAAACGCAUUCCAUGCCAUGUUUUAUGCACUUUCAGAUAAAGCUGUAGGCAAUACCUGAACUUUUGGGUAAAUGUGUGGUCAUAAUAUACCAUUUAAGAUGGUAUACUGUACAGUUGUAUUCAACUUUUUUUUUUUUUAUCAAGUUUUAGAUUUUUGUAAAUGUAUGGAUUUAUGUACAUUUAUUUUGAGUGUGCAAAAGUUAUAUACAAUAUUCCACAAUCCAGUGCUUUUUGCAGUGUAAUGUCAGCCAAUAUCCCUUCUGUUGCUAUCCUUGUCGUUUUUGCACCAUCCUUCUCUUCUGUUGCAAUCAAUGUGUUCUAUAACAUUUGUCUGAAAAAUAUCUAAAUGUGUUGACAUUACUGCAGUUUCCACAUCUAGCAUUUAAGCACUUGAGCAGAAAUAAACAGUUUUCAGAUAUGUUGCCGUGUCAUUGCAGUGUUUAGAAAUACAAUCA